GGCCAAUGGGAGCACGCGGUGUUGGCACGUGCGGAGCCGGCGGAGGGCUGCGGGGCCCGGCGGCGAACGGGGAGAGCUGCUGGGCACCGUAGCACUGUAGGAUGCUUCGCAAUGCCCUAGGAAAAGCCUGCCGGUUUCUGGGCUACACGGUGCAGUAUGGCUGCAUAGCACACUGUGCCUUCGAGUACCUUGGAGGGAUUGUUGUGUGCUCUGGACCUUCCAUGGAACCAACCAUUCAGAACUCUGAUGUUGUCUUUUCAGAGAACCUCAGCCGCCACUUUUACUGCAUCCAAAAAGGAGAUAUUGUAAUUGUGAAAAGCCCAAAUGACCCCAAAUCAAAUAUCUGUAAAAGAGUAAUUGGCUUGGAAGGGGAUAAAGUCUGCACAAGCAACCCUUCAGAUUUCCUUAAGAGUCACAGCUAUGUGCCUAAAGGACAUGUCUGGUUAGAAGGUGAUAAUCUCAGGAAUUCUACAGAUUCCAGGUGCUACGGACCUGUUCCUUAUGGGCUGAUAAGAGGACGCAUUUGUCUUAAGAUAUGGCCUCUGAAUGACUUUGGAUUUCUACGUGCAAGCCCCAACGGCCACAGAUUUCUUGAUGAUUAAAAGACUUAUGUACUAUUGACUGUUUUCAUAGUAUUUUCUACUAAAAUGAAUGGAAACUAUUUUUGCUUAGAAUAAACCCAAAUAUUACUUGACAAAGAUAUCUUUUUCUGAGAUUACACCUAACUUCAGAGUGGGAAUGAUACACUUGUGUCAUCAACCAAAAUGAUGUGCCUGCCAUCAGCAGGUGGUGCCAGGGCUGGCACUGAACACAGCACCAGUGGGGCUCCAGACCUGCAGGUGGGGUUUCCUCUGGCUGCCCAGUGGGGUCAGAGCUCAGCUUCCUCCUUAGCUGUCCUCUCAGGAAUGAUGACUCCGUUUGUUCUGACACGGAGAGCCUCAGCCCAGCUCCUGCUCCUGCUCCAGGUGGUGCCACUGUCACGGGGCAGGCACAGCCACUGCUUCCAGCUGCCAGCCUCUGCCUCCU